AUGUUGCGUCCUGUAGUAUUUGGAGCAGGAGUUGUUGCCAUAAUUACUAAUAGUGCUUUAUUCAUUUUUAUAAGAUGUAAUCGGAAUUUAUACCAAUUAUCUUCUGUACUUUUACUAAGCAUGCUUAUUAAUGGUUUUUUGUGGGGCCUUUACGAAGUAAUUCGAUUUGGUGAUGGUUUCUCAUUUAAAAUUGGUAUCCUUUGUGUUGUUUUAUAUCGUUUCGGUCAAGCAUUAUUUAUUAGUUUAAAUUUACACUCUUGUGUCAUUAUAUCGGAACGUUAUUUCGCUAUUGCUUAUCCAUUUCGUUAUAACCGAUUCUCAACGAUUGGCCAUUUAUCCAUUAUUAUUGUACUGGUUUGGUUAGUACCAACUGCGGUACCAAUAUUCUCUAUAAUCGAUGGUAUCUUUUCCAAGCGACUAGCAAAUUGCAGCUUAAUUGAUGUUCAACAAUUUAUUAGAAUUGAUUAUAUUUGCCAUCUGAUAAUGUUAAUAUUGGCAACUUUAUUGCUUGUGCUAUUACUUAUUAUGUAUGGUCGGAUUAUCUAUCUACUUAAAUUGCGCCAGUAUAAUCGGGUUGCAUUUGUUAGUACUCGUCGACAUUUUUCGUCAAUAGAGAGAUUACUCCGUGGUAAAUUGGCACUCAGAAAGAAAGCAGUUAUCCAAGCUAUGAUUGUCUUUACAUUUUAUGCUGUCUUUUUAAUACCCUUUUUAACAUUAUCUACCAUUGCUUUAAGUGAUAUCUAUCGUUUUGCGGAUAUUCUACAAGCUUCAGUUAUUUUACGUGAUGUCGCCUUUUGUUAUCCAGCCUUGCAACCAUUAAUCUAUGCUUAUUUUACUGCUGAUAUCCGUAAAGAGAUUUGUGUAGUUUAUCACAAGAUAGUCAAAUCGACACGUUUUCAGGGUACGAUAUCAAGAAGUAUAACUAGAGUAUCUGGAUUCAACGGGAGAUUCUGA